AUGGCGGCGACAGCCAAAGUGCCGGGAGCCGGAAAGGACAUGACGACCCGAGAGCUACAGCCGUCCAAGUCGCUAUUCUAUCUCACUUUGAUAGGAGCUAUGCUGUUCCGACUCGGACUCUUCCUUUACACUGAUGCCUUCGAGCUCUUGCAAGAUCGACCGGAGCUGACUUCGCCGUUCAGCAGCUUCAAGUCGCUUGUUGAGACGCACUACCUCUUCCGACACCCGCCAACACCCGUCUCGACCUUAUCUCCGCAUUACAUCCCUGAUCCUUACUCAGCAGGUACGAUCCACCACUCGCCGCUACUUCUUCCGAUCCUCCAUCAUGCGCUCGAGCGCCUUUACUCGGUUGGGGAUGAAUUGCCGAUCGCACUCGUGUGGAUAGCGGCAGACGCGAUUGCAGGGUGGCUUCUCUUCCGCAUCUGCCUUUCCCGCGAAUCGGCUGCAUGGGCCAAGAAGACACAUCUUUUCAUCUGGGAUCAGAGCAGAGCCGUCAAGGUUGCCGCUAUCUAUCUUUUCAACCCUUUCACCAUCGCUACCUGUGCUGCUAGAAGCUCCACCUCUCUCGAAGUGGCUGCUUUGCUCGCUGCAGUCGACGCGGCCAUGUCAGGCUCCGCAACCAAGCUCGCACCGUGUUGGGCGGCGUCGUCGCUGCUAUCAUUGUACCCUGCGUUGCUCUUUCCUAUGCUGGUGCAGCUCUGUCGCAAAAGAGCAGGGGAGCUCAUCUACGAACGCGAAAUUGCUCGCGUUGGCAAGAAUGCCUUGACAACAGAUGCAAAGACUGCACGACAACUUGGAUUCUUGGUCGAUCGAGUUCGAUCUGCCAAGAGCCGCACGAUCCUCAAAGGCCUUGUUCUCAUGCCAACAGCACUUGCUGGUGGUUUCUGGAUCUCACGCGCCAUUGCACUCAGUCCAGGCAGCGCUUCGAUCGGCUCGCUCUUGCUCAACCUACCCAACGUACUCUCCAUACCGCUCGACAGCGGCUGGGCAUGGGCAGAACAAGUUUACGGCCUGAUGCUCUUUGCGACCGAUCUCACACCCAACUUGGGUUUGUGGUGGUACUUUUUCAUGGAGAUCUUUGAUCAUUUCCGUGACUUUUUCCUCCUCACCUUCAACGUCCAUCUGGCCUGCUACGUGUUGCCCUUUUCGAUCAAGUAUCGACAAGACCCUUUAUUUGGCCUCACGUUGAUGAGCGGUGUGAUCGCCGUCUUCAAAAGUUAUCCCACGGUGGGAGACCAUGCCGUCUUCCUUGGGCUGCUUAGCCUACAUAGCCAGAUCUUCGAAUAUCUACGAUACCCGCUGGUGACGGUGCUGACGUACGCCUACUGCAUGUGCCUGGCCCCUGCCUUCCAUCAUAUCUGGCUUGAGGCUGGUUCAGCCAACUCCAACUUCUUCUACGCCAUUACGUUGGUGUGGGGUUUGGGUGGAGGCAUGUUGGUGCUUGAUGCCAUGUGGGCAUGGGGACGCGAGCGCUGGGAAAGCGAAAGAACGCCCAUCCGUUUACGCGCCCAGCAGCGAGAGAUGGUCGUUGAUGCUGACGUCUCGGUCGAGACCAUAACGUCCGACGCGGACGUGUCUGCAGAGAGGGUAUCGGCAGAGAACGACAAGCCAAGAAGACGAGUCGUUGUACAAGUAUGA